GGCUCCACACUGUAGACCCGGGGUGCAGGGCUGUUCCUGUGGGCUGCUCCUGAAGAUCCGAGGGACUUCCGCUAGAGAGACUCAGCCUCCGCAGCUCACCGCUAACUUGGGCACCGCUUUGGACUCGAAGCUUCGCCUUGGGCCUUCUAGCACCAUGAAGCUCCUGCUGUUGACCUUGGCCGCGCUGCUGCUCUUGUCCCAGCUCACUCCAGGUGAUGCUCAGAAAUGCUGGAACCUCCACGGCAAGUGCCGCCACCGAUGCUCCAGGAAGGAGAGUGUCUACGUCUACUGCACAAACGGGAAGAUGUGCUGCGUGAAGCCCAAGUACCAGCCGAAGCCAAAGCCCUGGAUAUUUUAAGUGCCCGGAAACCUGAAGCCUGGAGGAGGCAGUUGGCAAAGUUGUCCUAGGUUGAGCUCAUGGAUUCUUGAGCUCAGUCAAUAAAUGCACCUGGCUGA